AUGAGAACUAUGAGAAGCUCAACCUAACAGAAAAUUAUUGUAUUCUAAAUUUUGUGAACACCAUCAUGAAGUUUCGAAUGGUCCCAAUAUUGUUUUUCGCCGUGAUUUCACUAUGCUGGGCUGAUGAUUUAACUUUAACAAUUUCCGACGGACAACUGAAGGGAACUCAAAAAUGGUCUUACGCUGGAAAAUCCUACUACGCCUUCUAUUCUAUUCCGUAUGCCAAACCUCCAACGGGAUCAUUACGGUUCCAGGCACCUGUAGCAGUACAAUCAUGGAAUGGAGUACGCGAUGCUACAACUGAAGGGAACAUUUGCUAUCAAGUUAAUUACGAUUAUAACGAUGAAAAUGAAGACUGUCUUACUAUCAAUGUUUACACCCCUAAGAACCCAAGUCAAAUCACUACAAAAUUGCCAGUUCUAUUUUAUAUACACGGGGGUGGUUUUAAUUGGGGUUCUGGUCAGACCAAAGGAAAAACUGGCGGCAUUGAACCAGAAUAUUUUAUGGACAGGACCGAUGUGGUUCUGGUUAGCAUCAAUUAUCGAUUGGGACCAUUUGGUUUCUUCUCAACUGGCGAUAGUGUUAUCCCAGGAAAUGCUGGACUCAAAGAUCAACGCUUGGCACUAAAAUGGGUGCAAAAAAAUAUUGCUUCUUUUGGUGGUGAUCCAACCAAAGUUACCAUUUUUGGCGAAUCUGCUGGAGGAGCAUCGGUUGGAUAUCAAAUUUUAAGCCCUUCCUCUGCUGGUUUAUUUAGAGGCGCUAUUUUAUCAUCCGGCACCCCUCUAUGUCCGUGGGCCUUCCAAAGAAAUCAAACUGAAAUCACCUAUAAAACAGCUAGUUUUCUUAAUUCUCAAUUUGAUUACAACAGAGAUUCUCGAUCAUUAUGGACUUAUUUGAAAACAGCUAAUGCCAAAGAUAUCGAUAAAGCUUCUAAAAGUUAUUCCGAUUGGGCUCAAUCCUAUUCUGAGACAGGAUUCAAUGGUAUCAUCAACGGUCAACUUCAACAAGGUUUCUUUUACGCUCCAGUGGUCGAAGCAGCCAACCCUGAUGCUUUUCUCAGUGAAGACCCCUACGAAAUUCUGGCCAAUGGAAAUUUUAAUAAAGUACCCACUUUGAUUGGUACCUGUGCUGAAGAAGGCUUAAUGAAUUAUAAUGAAUAUUUGCAAUGGACACUAUCCGUUUAUGACCAAAAUCCCAGCUACUUAGUGCCUCAAAAUAUGCAUAUUACAGACGAAAAUACAAAACAACUGGUUGGUCAGGCUAUUAAACAAGAGUACUCUCCUAAUGGUCAAAUGGAAAACAAUCUUUUGUCAGGAAUUCAAUAUUUUACAGAUCAAGAUUUUCAAAAAUCUUUAAUAAAACACGCCGAAAUGCAAUCCAAAUACACCGACAUUUAUUUCUAUGUUUUUUCAUAUUCCGGCCAAAUGGGUGGAAAUACACAAUACAGGUUUCUAGGCACGAGCAACGUAACCCACACAGAGGAGGGCAACUACAUCUGGCAAAGGUCCAACCCAGCAAACUAUCCAGUGGCCGAUCAGAAGGUACAUCAGAGAUUUAUGAAAAUAUGGACAAACUUUAUUACAUAUCAGAAUCCCACACCCUUUCAAGACGCUGAGUUACAGUACAUCACUUGGCCAAAAUUUCAAGAAAAUAAUGCACCAUAUGUUGAUAUUGCAACUGACUUGACCGUCAAAUACGGCCCCAAAAAUAAAUAUGUCUUCUGGAGGUCAUUGUAUGAUCGAUAUGGAGUCAAACCUUAUGAUACUUAUUAAAUAAAAUUGAUGAUCUAUUUUUUCUGCAAAUCUUUGCCUUUGUGUAUUGAAAAAAAAAAACGUUUAUUGCCAAAUCACAACCUCAUUUCACCAUUAACAAUAUCACUGUAGAUAUUAGAUGUCAAUGGUUGAUAUUCUGAGUUUUUUGCAUACAACACAUAAAGAGAUCCAUCUUCAAUUUUGUGUACAUUGAAGCCUUCCUUUUGUAAGCCGACCUUUUUCAAUUUGAAUGUACCCGUUAGUGGCACAGACUUAACCACUCGUACAAAAACUGGAACUGCGUAACUAGGCAAUUUUGAUUUUAAGCCUUGUGCCAAUUCUUUUAUAUUCAACUUGUCUUCAGGGUCUACUAUGGCUGCCAUUCCUGCUUUGCCAUCGGAACCUGGAACCUAAAAUGAUGUAAAAAUUAAAUUAUACAUU